GGGGCGGCGGGAGGAAGUAAGCUCACCUCAGCCAUCGGUACGCCGCCGGUCGAGGGGUUCGCCAGCCUACUUUCUAAGCACCUCCGAGAUGGCGUCCAACAUCAUGGCUGAAAGUUUUCGACGCCCGGGAUUGCCCAAGAUGCGGAAGAGCCCGGCUUCUUUUCCCGGCAACCUCCACCUGGUCUUGGUGCUGCGGCCCACCAGCUUCUUCCAGCGCACUGUCACAGACAUUGGCUUUCGCUUCAGCCAGGAGGACUUCAUGCUAAAGAUGCCAGUGGUGAUGCUGAGCUCUGUCACAGAUCUGUUGCGCUACAUUGAUGAGAACCAACUUACCUCUGAGUUUGGUGGUACUUUGGACUACUGUCACAGUGACUGGAUAGUCCUGCGAACGGCUAUUGAGGGUUUUGCUGUAACAGUCAAAGAUAUUGCUCAGAUGCUGCAGGCCUUUGGCACAGAGCUGGCUGAGACAGAUCUGCCUGAUGAUGCCAGCUCCAUCGAGUACCUCCUCAAGGCUCACAGUGAAAAGUACAGGAAACUCAAGGAUGCUAUCAGAUCAGUGUCAAAGGAAGGUCGUCACCUCCUCUCCAGCCUGGAGACCUCAUGGAAGGAGGACGACUCUCACUGGGAUGUCAAACUGGACUGGGACACUGUGCAGAGGCUUCUCACUCAGCUCCGAGACAUGGAGUCAGCCUUUGACGGCUACUUUGAGAAGCAUCAUCUGAAACUGCAUCAGUACCUGCAGUUGCUGAGAUAUGAGCAGAGCUUUCGGGAGAUAGACUUGAUGCUGAAGCGCUUGCUGGCUCAGGAGAGAGACAUGUCCCUGUCAGGAGAGACUCUGGCUCAGACAGAACAGGCUCUCAGAGACCUGGAGAAUCUGGACUCACAUGCUCAGGAGGUGAUGGGUCAUGCUCAGAUCACCAUCCUUCAUGGGCACCAGCUGGCAGCCAGUCACCACUACGCCAUGGCCCUUAUUGUGCAGCGCUGCAAUGAGCUUCGCCACCACUGUGACACACUCAGUGCAGCACUCAAGGCCAAGCAGGCGUAUCUCACCCACACACAUCAGCUGCUGCUGCGCCUCGGACAGGCCCAGAGUUGGUGCGAUGACGGGGCCUACCUGUUGGCUAACCAGCUGGUUGAUAAGUUCCAGUCUAAGGAAGGGGCCCAGGCGGCUUUGAGGGAAAUUGAAACGUUCCUGGAGGGGGCGCCAUCUAUGCUCAGCUCAGGCCCUGACAUCCUGGUCAUGGAGUAUGAAGCUGUCAUCACACCUCAUUUACACGCUCAGAUAGCUAAGGCAUUUGAAAAGCAUGGAACAGUGCAGCAGAUGAUUCAGAACCGACAGGCCUGUCUGAGGAAGCUGGCUGAUAAACAUGUUCGUCCCGUCCAACUGGUCACCCCAAGGCCUGAGAACCCGCCACGCUCUAAAUCCCCACUGUUCUCCCCUAAGCAUGGGGACGGUUUGAAGUUCACCUUUGACCUGCCUCUGCCUGGGAAGAGGGCGUCCAGAAAGAGCCCCAACUCUAGAAAGAUCGAGGUGAUGCACGACUACCAGGAGAACAGGAGCAGUAUGUGGUACAGUCUGGAGGGAGAGGAUAGCCCAGAUCUACUGAAGCGUCAUGUGAUGAGGGAACUCAUAGAGACAGAGAGAGUCUAUGUAGAGGAGCUACUGUCAGUGUUACUGGGUUACAGGGCCGAGAUGGACAACCCAGCUCUGUCAGGCCUCUUCCCUCCUAUCCUGCGCAGCAAAAGAGACAUUCUUUUUGGAAACAUGCCUGAGAUCUACAAUUUCCACAGCAGGAUGUUCCUUCAGGACCUGGAAGGAUGCCUGGAGACCCCAGAGGCAGUAGGAGCUUGUUUUCUGGAGCGGAAGGAGAAUUUCAAGAUGUAUGAAUGCUACUGCCAGAAUAAACCUCGCUCUGAAGCCCUGUGGAGGCAGUUCUCAGACUGUGCCUUCUUCCAGGAGUGUCAAAAGAAGCUGGAGCAUAAACUGGGCUUGGAUUCCUAUCUUUUGAAACCGGUCCAGCGACUCACCAAAUAUCAGCUUCUACUUAAGGAGUUGCUGAAAUACAGUACAGGUUGCAGUGGGACCUCUGACCUGCAGGAAGCGCUAUCAGCCAUGUUGGACCUACUGAAAUCAGUCAAUGACUCCAUGCACCAGAUAGCCAUCACUGGAUAUGAGGGAGAGCUUUGUGAGCUGGGCCGUGUGUUGAUGCAGGGCUCCUUCAGCGUGUGGAUCAGUCAUAAGAGAGGUCCCACCCGCAUGAAGGAGCUGGCCCGCUUCAAGCCCAUGCAAAGGCACCUGUUCCUGUACGAUAGAGCUCUGCUUCUCUGCAAGCGCAGGGAGGAGCACGGAGAAGGCUCUGACAAGACCCCCUCCUAUAGCUUCAAGCAUUGCCUCAAGAUGACUGCUGUGGGGAUCACAGAGAAUGUCAAGGGAGAUGUAAAGAAGUUUGAGAUCUGGUACAGUGGCAGGGAGGAGGUGUAUGUGGUUCAGGCUCCUACAGUGGAGGUGAAGAUGGCCUGGCUCAAUGAGCUGCGCAGGAUUCUUACAAACCAGCAGAAAGUACUGAAAGAUGAGGCAUAUCAGCAACAUGGUCAGAUGGUGGAACAUGUGCCGCUUUCCCCGCCACUCUCUCAGAGCAAGCAGCAGAGGGCCUCAGUAAGUUCAGAUGACACCGAGUCGGGGCAGAGCAGUCCAGACCCCCAGUCCCACUCACCUCAACACCACCGCAACCGUAGGAGCUGGCCAGGCGCGCCUCACUCAGUAGACAUCUGUGAGGGUUUAGAGGAGUGGUCUGCAGGCCGGUUCCCCUCCCAUCCGUCAGACACUGAUGAGGAGGGCAUGGCCCAAAUGUCUCCAGGCAGAUACAGAGCUCUGGCUGACUGCCCAAGGAAUGGACCAGACAGCAUCACCAUCAAAUGUGGGGAUGUCAUUCAGCUGCAGCAUGAAGAUGGCCAGGGCCUCUGGCUUGUGAAGAACCUCAGUCGGCGACAGGAGGGUCUCAUCCCAGCAGCUAACCUCCAGCUGAUUCUGGGAGACAGCAAUCGUGGACACUCCUCCAGACUAGGGGACCCUGGGAACCUGAAAGCCAGAAAGCUCAGCUCUCCAUAGGAAGAAAAGCACAGAAUACAAAAGUAAGAUUACCCUAAGAGCCGGCAAACACACCUGGAGACGUGCAAACAGACUGAGCCAUUGCUGUCUCACAUGUGACGGACUAUCGGCCAUCCAAUGUUUACUCCUUGCCACAGUUGGACUUUGCUCAAUACAGUCCAGUCAUUCGGAAAAGAAAAAAUACAUGGGACUCUACAGAUUGGACUGUUCCAAGUUUCUGACUGACAGUCUCCUGGGCCAAUUCUUUCUCACUCUUCUGUCUCUGUCUAUGGACACACUCAUUGUAUGUGUUAGCCGUUGCACAGAGGGACAACAAAAGAUGGCCCCAGCACAAAGGCACAAAAACUAUUAGCCCUCUUGGACAAUCAGAGGCCUCCCCUGGAUCCUCCAUUUUUUUAUUGGUGAUGUAUAUCUUGCACUCCUCAUGCAAAGUAAAAAUAGUCAGGAUGUGAGACAGGCCAGGCCAUAGCUUUCAGAGUGGGACAAUUCACUUAUAUUGACUCUUGACUGAAACAUUAUUCACUCCAUCCUUAAUUUGAUAGGCGAGACUGCAGUGUGUGUGUGUGCGUGUGUGUGCAUAUGUGUGCACGCACGUGUGUGCAUGCAUGUGUGCAUGCAUGUGUGUAUGCGUGUGUGCGCAUGUGUUGGUAUUUGUCAGGUUGUGUGUUGUAUGGAUGCUAACCCAGGAAUCGCCUGAAACUUUUCUUAGAAGAGAAUUUCGGUCAUAUGCAGUACCAUCCAUUUUUAAUAUGUACCUCUAUAUGUUUGUGAAACUGUGGACAUUUUCCAUUGAUCUGUAUGUGUAUCUGGUUCUUACACUUCAUUCCUCAAGGCACUUUCCCUCUUUACUCUGUAUGAGUUAAAAUGCCAAAUGUGCCGUGCCAUAAAGCCUUUUUUUUACCACUUUUUCGGGAUUUAACCUCUCCUGUAUGUACUGUUUGUUAGGAAAUGGCAAUUACUCUAUUCUGGCUUCUACCUGAUCUAACCAAUAUCAAACAGGCACUUUAAUACGGUGGAAGGUCAUUAGGGGGAAAACAUCAACAAUCAAAUUAUGGUAUUGAAUGGCGAGAUGUUGUAUGCUAACUGCUUUACCUCCAGGGCUGUAUGUUUUUCCUUAUUAAUGCUAUUAUAUCUGCUCCUGUAAUUUUCUUUCUGGAAUUGUUGUGGGUUAGUAGUGAAGACAGGUGAAACAUGCCCCCCCACACACACACACACACUGCAGACAGCAGUCUACAUGUCAGGGAUGGCAAUCUCUGAUGAAGGCUCAGAUGAAGAUGAAGAUUGAUAGGAAUGUAUUCCACAGUGUAGGCUGUGCUGUAGAUGUAUGGGGAGGUGCUUGGCACAGAGCACCAGAUGCUGUCACUCUAUUCAGGAUCUCAUCCUGUCCCUGUUGGGGUCUGGCUGUCACUCACAGAGAGAGAGAAAGAGAGCGAGAGAGAGAGAGCAUGCUGCCUGUGCCCCUCUGGUAGAGGUGGAUUGCUUCCUCCUCUACAUUACAGCAGAGUUAAUCUUGGGUUUCCCAUUAAAAGAGAUCAUACGGCAAACAUAAGAUAUACCCAGUGUGUCAAACGCUUAAUUUAAUAUUGAUUGCAGGCUUUUAUGAAUUUACCAUAUCAAAUCAAGCCCCCAGUUGCAGGGCUGCCUUUGAUAUGCCGCGUUUGAUGUGGAAAUGAGGCGGGGGGGGGGGGGAAACAGUGGGGGCCACUUCCCACUACACAUUUCCUAUUGUUGUUUAUUUAUUUAUUUUGCUGACAUGUUGUUCCUUCAGUGUGAGGUGCUGCAGCCCAGUCGAAAUGAUCUCUCUGUACAUUUACAGGGAGAGAUGCUUUAACUGCACAACCAUGCAUCAAGAUUUUUUUUCCUUUUUUAUUUUUGCUUAGGUGACAAGAUUAGAUAAGGUUUUCCUUUUGUACCUUCAAUCCCAAAUGCUGCAGAUUUUUGCACUUUUUUCCAAUAUGGAAAGUAAAAAAAACAAAGAAGCUUGAAUUGUGCGUAUCCAGACAAGCCACGUAUGCUUGUUGCUGAAAGUUUAUUUUGGAAAAAAAAUUGCAUGGCAACUGGAGAAUUUGUGCAGGUUUGUAUUGUAUUUUGAGACAGUCAUUGUUAUUGGCUGACCUCUUUUUUUGUAAAGCUUCAGUAUGAUACAGAA